AUGGGUGAUUACGGUCAAUACGAUGUGCCCAAGGCGGACGAGAUGAUUAAUUUCAAGGUAGGUCAGCCGGCUCCUUCCAUGCUGCCUUUGGACAAGAUUCGUGAAGCUGCAACGCUCAAGUUUGGUGAGACAGACCCCAUGUUUCUGCAAUACGGCGUAAUCAAGGGCUACCCCAAGUUCCGCAAGACAUUGGCCGAGUUUUUGACCAAGGGUUAUCAGCAUCAAGUAGACCCGGAGAUGCUCUUUGUGACCAAUGGCGUCACUGGUGGUCUUGCCCUUAUUUGCUCGCUGUUUUUACAGUCGGGCGACCUCGUGUUCAUGGAGGAGCCGUCCUAUUUCUUGGCCCUCAGUAUCAUGAAGGACUUUAAAGUGAACGUCCGUCAGAUUCGUAUGGAGCAGGAUGGUCUAGAUAUUGACGAGCUCGAGCGUCUAUUGCAGCGUGGCAUUGUACCUAAGAUGUUGUACACGAUUCCCACAUGCCACAACCCCACUGGACGCACGCUCUCAAUUGCGAAGCGCAAACGUCUCGUUGAUCUCAGUGUCAAGUACGGCUUUAUUAUUAUUGCUGAUGAAGUAUAUCAGCUUUUGUCGUUCCCCCACGUGACCCCACCUCCACCCAUGUUUACAUUUGAUGAGCAUGACACGGUGCUUGCUUUGGGCAGUUUCUCUAAAAUUCUAGCACCUGCUCUUCGGUUGGGCUGGAUCCAGGGCUCGCACAAGCUAUUGAGCAAGAUUGAAGCUUGUGGACAGCUUGACUCGAGUGGUGGCAUCAAUCCUGUCAUUUCCGGUAUUGUGCACUCGGCCAUCUCGUCGGGUCUGCAGCAACAACAUCUGGAUACUACGGUGCAGACGCUCUGGAGCCGCGCUGAUGCUUUGAUGAAGGAGCUGAAGGAUCAUUUGCCAGAAGGUACAACCUUUGAAGUUCCGGAUGGUGGAUACUUUGUGCUGGUGCGUCUGGCGGAGGGUAUGAACGCCAACGACCUGCUGCCGAUUGCUCUGAAGCACAAGGUCAUGUUCCUACCGGGUGCCUCGUUCAGUAGCAACAUGAAGAACUUCCUGCGUCUUAGUUUCUCGUGGUACGACCUUAGCGACAUGCAACUCGGCGCUCGUCGUCUUGCUGACGCCAUCCGUGAGUACCAAGAGGUGUUUGCUUCUCAGCAAAAGAAUGCGGCAGAGGAGGCCAAGACUUCCACUAGCGAGGGCAAGGGUGUGCGUGUUGCCGUUCACGGUCACGACGGCCGCCUUGGGUCGCUCAUUGUUGGUGAGCUUGAGAAGCUUACGGACCACAGCGCCAGCUUUGCGGGACCAAUUGUCACGCGUUUUGACACUGGCGUCCAGGCUCCGGAUCUAAACAAUGUCGACGUCGUUAUUGAUGUGACGCUGCCUGCCGGUACCAAGAAGGUGAUCUCGUAUCUGCGCGAGCAGAAGGAUGCUGGCAAGAUCAGCAAGCUGCCUGCUCUAGUCGUCGGCACCACGGGUGCUCUGCCUAUGGAGGAUCUGGAGGACUAUUCGAAGCUGGCGCCUGUCGCUCUCCGCUCCAACUUCUCGGUGGGUGUGCCCCUUGUGUCGGAGCUCAUCAAGGCCGCUGCUUUUAAGCUGCCUGCUGAGGGCUGGAACGUCGAGGUUACGGAGAUCCACCACACUAAGAAGCUGGACGCCCCCAGCGGUACCGCCAAGACGCUUGUAAAGUCGCUUGCUACCACGGGAGCUCCAUGCCUGGGCGAGACGGGCCAGGUUCCAACGCACUCCUCACGUCUCGGUGACGAGGUUGGCCAGCACACGGUGCUAUUCGCUGGCCCGGGCGAGCGCAUUGAGAUCAUGCACCAGGCCACUCGCCGCGAGGUUUUCGCCAUUGGGGCUGUGCGUGUCGCCACGCAAGCUCCUUCCAUGCCUCUUGGUCUGCACUCUGACUAA